AUGUUAGCUCUAACUGACAACAUCCUACGUGCAGUGAAUUUCUGCUUUUUCGUCAUUCUAUUGGGUCUAGUUGGUAAACUUAUCCAGAGUGAGAAACAUGGCCACAACUCAAGAGUGAACUUCUGUAUGUUUGCUGCUGCCUUCGGUAUCGUUGCAGACUCUUUCUACGGUAUUUUGGCCAACAUCUUUGUUCCAUUUGCUUUCCCAGUUAUUUUGUUCAUCUUAGACUUUUUGAACUUCGUUUUCACUUUUACCGCUGCUACUGCUCUAGCUGUUGGUAUCAGGACUCACAGCUGUACAAACAGACACUACUUGGACUCUAACAAAAUCACUCAAGGUUCUACUUCUAGAUGUAGAGAAGCACAAGCAGUUGUUGCAUUCUUCUACUUUGCAUUCUUCAUCUUUUUGUUCAAGAUGGUUAUGAGCUUCUUGAGUCUAUUGAGUAACGGUGCCUUUGGUUCAAGCUCUGGUUUCAGCUCAAGAAGAAGAAGAACUCAGCAAGCAAACGUUGGUGUUCCUACAAUCUCUCAAGUAUAA